GUUUUUAUGCACAAUUGUGGCGUUGACAAUACUUGGAAACGAUAAUUGUUGUUUUUUAAGGAUAUUAUAGAGUUAAAAUAUAUUAUACAAGCACAAACAUGGCUAUACGUAAUCCAAGAUUACCAUUAGUACCCGGAUAUGGCCGCAAUCCUCUUAUUGGAAAAAAGAGUUUUGGCGUCCGUCCGAUUUUUACGACUAUCAACAAAAUCAAUAUGUUGGUUGAUAAGGCACCUGACUCUGAUCGCGUACCCUCCUUAUACGCUCGCAAGCAGGGCCCGGAAUUACCCGCCUGGGUAACGUACGACAAACAAAUUCUACGAUUUCGUGGAUAUUUCAUGCAAAGCUAUAAUGAAAUGGUUUCUCAUGUACUACACAAGGUUGAUAUUUGUUUUUUUCUCGAAGAUGGAACCAUUAAAGUAUCAGAACCUAGAACAGAAAAUAGUGGGUUAAGGCAAGGAACAAUAAUCACACGACAAAGAAUUAGGCUCCCGCAUAGCUACGAUAUGUACUACGAUGUACUUGAUUUUAAUAUCGGGAAUGAAGUCACUUUUCAUGGAAAAGUAUUCAAGAUUUUAAGUUGUGACAAUUUCACAAGAGUAUUUUUGAAUCGCUUGGGAAUCAACGUGCCGGAUCCUAUACCGUGGCCUGAUGCGAUAGAGAAAGAACCUCCCACAUACAGACCACCAAAACCGACGCCUUUGAAACAGUUUUUGGAGCAUGAUAGAGAAAUAUUACGGUUUUUUGGGUAUUGGGACAAUCGAGAGACAUAUUUAGGCAAGAUUCAUCACCUAGAGAUUCACUAUUACCUUGCUGAUGAUACAAUAGAAAUAUUAGAACAGCUACCACCUAAUUCUGGUGUCGAAUCAGGACCUAUGUUCCUAAAGAGAAUGCUUCUACCACGGAAUAUACCGCGGCCGGAGAUGUCUGGAGGGCCCAAACCGGAGUCUUACUUACCCGCCGACCUUAGUAUUGGAGCGGUGCUUAACGUGUAUGGCAGGAAUGUGGUACUGACCGACUGCGAUCUUUAUACCAAAGAAUAUUAUCGAGCUACGUACGGGUUCGAUACAUUUAAUCCGUUACCUAAACCCGAAGAACACGUUGAAUACAUCAGUAGUAGAAUGGCCGACCGAGAACUACCGCCGUGGAAUGGUUACGGAUCGUAUGACGACUCCGCAGGAAACUGUCGCACUGUAGAGCCCAAACCUCCGCAUAGAGAUUUUAUUAAAUUUUUACAUAAGGACAGAGAUGGUUUUGAUUCUCAUGUUUUACGAUUUGCUUCGCGUCUCAUUAACGACAAUCCCGAGGACGCUAAAAGAUAUUUUAUUGUGUUAUACUAUUUGUGCGACGACACUAUCGCUGUUUUUGAACUCGGUGAAAGAAAUUCUGGAUAUCUGGGUGGUAGAUUCUUCCGUCGUGAAAAAGUGUAUCUGCCAGGAGUAAACUUCUACGUCCCAAAAGAGCCUCCAUCUUACACGGACAAGGACAUGUGGGUGGGCAACGAGCUCGUCAUACAUAAACAUUCUUUUCGACUUAUUGCCGCUGAUGAAUACGCCUUGCGGUACAUGGAACUUCACUCUAAUGAGUAUCACAUGGCUAAUAUUGCAUUGAUAAUGGACAAAAUUAGAAGAACUUUGGUAUCUGAAGAAAAUGGCUAUAAGAACUUUGUAGCUAAGUAUAUGGAAGCGGUAGAACCGAAUAAAAAGGAGUUAAUGACUAACAGAUGUUUUAAACAAGCAUUGAAGGGAGUUAUGUGUGAUAAGAUGACAGAACACGAAUUUUUAACAAUUAUUAGACAUUUUCGUGGUGAUCCAGGUAAGGAAGAGUAUCCCCGACGAGAAAUGCUAAGGUCUGUAGUAUUCUCGGACCUGACGCGAGAUCUGUGGGACGAACGGGACAGACUUCAGGAAGGCAUAGUGCACGCAGAUGAGAUGGGUCUCGGCACGAUGCCCGCGCCGCGCUUGCGGCAACUUUUACGCGCCCAUCGGUUACCCAUUAACAAUGAACUGAUGGAUUGUAUGUUUUCUGUGCUACGUAAAGAUGACAAUUGUAACAUUUACACCGAAGAUUUGCUAAACUUCCUGGACUUCCAAACUCGGCCGGUGUUUAAUAUGAGUGAUGUGGACUAUAACAAGGUUGUGCGACACGCGCCACCUAUAAGGGACAGAGAGUGCAAGUUUUGGACGGAACAAGAAAAGAUUAUCAAAGAGGGCUUUGUGAACUGGAACGCAUUCCUUUGCCAGUUAAAUUUGGAACAUCUUGUUAAACCUGAAUAAGACCUCUCUUGGACAUGAAAUCCAUAUAAAAUAGGGGAAAAUCUCCAAUUAUUUGCUCUACAGCAACAUUGCAUGAUUAGACAAUAAAGUAUUAAAUGUACGAGAAAUGGUAGACAGAAGUGUAUUGUAUAAUAAGAUGUAAAUUUCAUUACUAUAAGUACAUGUCAUGUUGUUUUCUAAAGAAAUCAUUUUGACCAAUGAUUGGCUAAACUAAUACAAUUUCAAUAAGUUGAUGUCGAAUUCUAUAGUGAUUUUAGCAAUAUUUUUAAUGGAAAUAAAUUAUGGCUUUUUAAGAUAAAUUAGUAUAAAUCCUUUUAAUAGGUUAAUUAAGUAUAGUUAAGUUAAAAAAAACGAAUGUUGAUUAAGCCCUAUUCAAUACAUUAACAAUGUAUAUUUGGCUAAAUUUCUUGCCACACGGUUAACUAAAUCUCCUCUAAAUUAAUGUUGAUUUUAAACUUAAAUUAUUAUACAACUUAUUAGUCGUGCGCAGAAGGUUUGCCGUUUUUUUUUGUUGUUGCGGGGAACGUAAGUACUGAGCCGUCCGUGCUGCGGAGCAACGGGGACAGUUUCGUGUGGGACUUCCGGCUUAUAUUUCGGCCGAACUACCCACUAAACCCCGCGGUGUUCUUCGCCCAAUUGAACCGUGGCAUCUAAGAAGGUUUGCCGUUGACUGUUUACACAUGACGUCAUGCGGCCUUCGGCAAUGUAUCUGCAUACGAGUAAUAAGUGAAUAACUACCACACAAUAUAACCUUUUUUUAUUUCGAUCUCGGAUUUGACGCGAAUUAAGUUUGUUAUAUCAUUUGUUUUUAAAAUGUUGAUGUUUCUUACAAAUAUUUGUUUUUCUUUAGCUUUUAGUAUUAUAUUCUCUUUCUCCUUUUUAUGUCAAAAUGCGCCUUUGUAAUAGUUUUACUAUGUUUUCAUUUAAUUGUUUUUUUCGCCAGGAGAAUUGUUAAGUCUCUAUUAAAAGUAUAUCGCAAAGCCGAAGUGUUGUGAUUUUCAUAGGAAUAAUGUUUAUUAUUUAUGAUAUUAGCGCUUU